AAGCAUGUGUAUAAUAAAUACACACAUGACACAUGCUGAAAGACACCAAGAAUUAAUAAAUUCUAAAGGAAAAUUAAUUUUUUAACCCUGAACUUUCAAAAAUAUGCCAAAAUAAUCUUGAACUCCAUGUCAUUUAAAGCAUGAAAUCUUAGUCAAACACGAAUAAAUUGUGAACUUUCAUUGACCAAGCCCUUUUAACUUCGUAAUUAAUCACCCGUUAAUUAAAAGCUAAUAGACGUUUAGUGUCACAAGAAAACUCUAAUAUAAACUCGAAAUCCUCAAUUCAUCUCCCUCAAAACCCUAAUUUCUCAUCUCAUCUCUUUUUCUAACUCAUCUCCUUCAUCAUCUCUCUCUAGCAACCUUUGCUUGAGUUGUUAGAAAAUAUAAAUAGACAGUGCAUGGUUCGUAAUGCCAAAAGAGCUAUUGUAACUUCACGGCUGAAAGCAAAAUUCACUAAGAGAGCACAUAAGGAAAUAGAAGCUAUUAAAGAAAAAUCCAAGAAUUGCAAAAAGUUUAUGGCCUGUGGAGAUUAUCACGAAGAUGAUGAUGAAGGAGAUGAACUAGAGAAAUAGAUGAAAUGAGAAAUUAUGGAUUUAAAAGAGAUGAAUUGGAAUUUUUUAGGCUUAGAUCAGAGUUUUCUCAUGUUGUCAAAACGACGACGUUUUGAUAUUUAACGCAUGUUAACUUUUAAUUAACGGAUGAUAAAUUACAAAGUUAAAAAUGUUUGGUCAAUGAAAGUUCAUGAUUUAUUCGUAUUUGACUAAGAGUUUAUGUUUUAGAGUUCAAAGUUAUUUUGACUUAUUUUUUAAAGUUCAGAAUUAAAAAGUCAUUUUUUUCUAAAUUCUAAUGGCAUGUUUUUGUUGAUUCUGGUCAGUGAAUUAUUUUCUGUCCUUCUAUUUUUAUUCCUAAUUUCUCACAAAUUUAUACGAAAAUGUUAAACAUGUUUAUAUGAGUGAAUUAGUAUAAAUUAUAAAUCUCUGGUGGGAAAUAUUAUUUUCAUGUUUUUAAUUAGGAUCCUUUGGACGAUUGUUUAACAGAAUUUCUUAAACAGAUUUUUUUCAAUUGUUUAUAAACAUAACCACCUACGUGUCAUCAAACAAUAUAUAAGCAUGUGCGAUGUGCACAAUUACACACACAUGAGACAUGCAAAAGCCUAACUACAUAAAUAAAGCCUAUGGUCUUAUGUGUCCACAAAUUAAGGACAUUAUCCAAAAUUUUAUAUUUGAUGCGACCGCUUAAGAAAUUAAACAGAUGGUGUUACAAGCAUUUCCACAUUGGCGUAAGACAAAUGUUAAAUGCUCUUUGGUCGCUCUCAUACCUCAUUCCUCGUCCUUUAGAGCAUGAUUAUCGAAGGAUUGUUAAUGUGAAAUUCUUACUAAAAUAUAAGAACCCGUCUCUUAACUUUUAAUUAAAAAAGCUAAGAACCGGCUCUUAAAACUCUUAUUUAAAAACCGGUUCUUAACUUUUUUAGUUAAAAGUUAAGAGACGGGUUCUUAUAUUAUGCUAAAAACUCCAUCUUAAAAACCCCGCAAUAAUCAUACUCUUAGAGCAUGCGCAUCGACGUAAUUAGAAGGGGUCAUGGGUUCGGUAUCAUAUGGGCCGAAAUUUAAAAAAAAAAAAAAAUGGAUUUAAAACGGUGAUCCGGUUCAUGGGAGUGAACCCGUAUGAUACGGGUUCAUGGCACGUGUCGACGAAACAGUGGCCACGCGAUAUCGCAUGGAAGCGGAGAAAAAAAGGGAUUCGCGUGAGAGGAUUCAUUUUGUCUUCUCCUUUCGAAAACUAAGGUUUCUCGUUCUCUGAGGUGAUUUCUCGUGCGACGCCGACUGUGGGUGAUUUAGUGGUUCUAAUCGACGUCGGACUCUCUCCUCGACGAGCUGAGGUCAGUGUCGAUAACUUUCACGGUUUGAUUUAACGGAUUUGGGCUCCAAAGCGUUGUCGGUGAAUCUAAAUCGAUUUGGGGGUUUCGAGGGAAGGUUCAAAAUUGAUAUGGGGGUUUUGAUUUAUUGUUUGAAAUUUUCAUGCGGGUUCGAUUUAGGGUUUGUUUAUGGGAUUUGAGAUCGAUUUGGGGGUUUCUAGUUAGGGUUCUUAAUCAAGUUUGUGUUUGCGAUUUACUGGUGAUUUUGUUCUAAUCAUUUAUGUUUCUGGUACAGAUGGAUCCCGCAGAAGAGAUAAGAGAGACAAAAAGGCAAAAGGAGUACAUGGAUAUGGUAGGAUACGUGGCUGAUUCCGAAAACGGUAUUCAGACGAGUUGUCCCUGUGGUGGGACAAUCAUUCACGAGGUUUGGGGGAAGGACGACUAUGACACUCUUCCUGGGAAGCGUUUCUUCACCUGCAAAAACUACGAAGUAAGCGCUUCUUCUCAUUUCACUUAUUUCGAAAAAUAAUUUGACUGUCAAACGAGCUUCUGAUAUGUGUUUUUGUUGUAAACAAGGCUGACGGGUUACAUUAUCGUAAGCCUUGGGUGAUAGGUGUCGAGGAGCAUAUCGAACGUCUCAGUAAGCGUUUGGAGGAGGUUGAGAUGGUGAUCAAGUAGAUGCUGAAGCUCACUAAACAAAUUGAGAGACUGGAGGUAAAGUCACUUAUUUUUUUAAAAAUAAUUUUGUCAUAUUGUUCUUCAUAUUUUAUUAAGUGACUAACACAAUGUCAUUGUUGUUUCCAUGUCCAGGCAGAGGUUAAAGACCUAACUGUGCAGGUUGAUAACCUCAAUGGAGAGGUUUACAACCUCUCUGUGCAGGUGGCGGACUUGGAGAAGCUCUGCUUCGACUGAAAAAGAAAAGGUCACGGGUUGCAGGUGGAUGCGUGUGGAGGUGGAUGCUUGUAAGAUAGUCUCGGUAAUGUCAGGUCACGGGUUGAUGCUUGUAGGUGUAGGUUUGAUUCACGGGAGAGUGUAGUAUUUUGUCUCAUUGUACACUAGCUUUAGGUUCAUCGGAUUUAAAGGGUGUAUGUACCCACAUUUUCUCUUUUGUAACUCACGGGUGUAUGUACCCGUGAAACUUGAAUCACUCGUAUGUUAAAAACUUGUCUCUCUAUAUAUAUGAACUCUAGUUCACUUCAAGUUCUGCAUCAAAACUUGUCUCUUUAUAUAUAUGUAAAACUUGUCUCACAAAACCAUUCACCACUACCUUCUAUUCAUCUCAACCACGAUCACCACUAAACAUUCACCACUGCCUUCUAUUCAUCUCAACCACGAUCACCACUAACCAUUUGAUUCUGCUCAACCUCUACUUGUCAUCAAACAUUGAGGUUAGUUUUGUUCAAAACUUGGCUUUAAUACCAUGAUAAACACACUAGCUAGUGAAAGAAAAACAUAAAUGGCCAUGUUUAAAUUGUUCAUUUAAAUUAUAAAACCCUAAUCAAGGAAAAAAAAUUGUUCAUUUAAAUUAUAAAACCCUAAAUCAAGAAAUAAAAAUUGUUCAUUUAAAUUAUAAAACGCUAAUCAAGGAAAAAAAAUUGUUCAUUUAAAUUAUAAAACCUUAAAUCAAGAAUAAAAAUUGUUCAUUUCCAAUAUAAAACCCUAAUCAAGAAAAAAAAAUUGUUCAUUUAAAUUAUAAAACCAUAAAUCAAGAAAUAAAAAUUGUUCAUUUCCAAUAUAAAACCCUAAUCAAGAAAAAAAAAUUGUUCAUUUAAAUUAUAAAACCCUAAAUCAAGAAAUAAAAAUUGUUCAUUUAAAUAAUAAAAAAAAUAUUAUUUUACCCCUUUUGCCUUAUGUAGAAAAGAAAAGAUCAACAAAUUUCAUCAACAAUGUCUUCCUCAUCAUCAAGUGAUGAAGCAGAUAAAGCUUUUGAUGAAAUGGUCGACGAAGUAGUUGAUAAUUUCAUAGACACAAUAGUUGAUGGUCAAACCAACAAACCGAAGAGACGAGCUUAUAUCGAAAGAGACCGAGAACAAGGACACAAUCAACUAUGGAAAGACUAUUUCAUGGAAAAUCCUACAUACCCACCUGAAAUGUUUAGGCGGCGUUUCCGAAUGAACAAGCCAUUGUUCCUUCGCAUUGUCGAUCGCCUAAGCAGUGAAGUUCCCUACUUUCAGCAAAGGAGAAAUGCUUCCGGAAGGUACGGGCUAUCUCCUCUUCAAAAAUGUACGGCAGCUAAAUGUAUGCUCGCAUAUGGUCAAUCGGGAGACAGAAAUGACGAAUAUCUCCGACUUGGUGAUAGUACAUCACGUUUAUGUUUGGAAAAUUUCACUGAUACGAUAAUACAAUUGUUUGGAGAUGAGUAUCUACGAAGCCCUACACCAGAAGAUCUUCAACGAUUACUCGAUGUUGGAGAGGUACGGGGGUUUCCGGGAAUGAUAGGCAACAUCGACUGUAUGCAUUGGGAGUGGAAAAACUGCCCAACGGCUUGGAAAGGUCAGUUCACACGGGGUUCAGGAAAGCCGACAAUUAUCUUAGAAGCCGUGGCAUCACAAGAUCUUUGGAUAUGGCACACAUUUUUCAGCUUACCAGGUACACUCAACGAUAUCAAUGUUCUUGAUCGGUCACCUGUUUUUGAUGACAUCUUACAUGGUCGAGCACCUAAAGUUAAGUUCAAGGUCAACAACCACACUUAUCAUAUGGCCUACUAUCUUACUGACGGAAUUUAUCCAAACUGGUCAACAUUUAUCCAAUCCAUCCCACUUCCUCAAGGUCCUAAAGCCGAGAAAUUUGCAGAAAAGCAAGAAUCCGCCAGAAAAGAUGUCGAACGGGCUUUUGGAGUAUUGCAGUCGAGGUUUGCAAUUGUUAAAAACCCAGCUCUACAAUGGGACAAGGAAAAGAUAGGAAAGAUAAUGAGAACUUGUGUCAUAUUGCACAAUAUGAUAGUAGAGAACGAACGACACGGAUACGCUCAAAUAAAUACUUCGGAGUUCGAAUCAGGAGAGUCAAGCAGAGGUUCAAAGGUGACAAGCAGAGAAAGUAUUCAUGCUGGUGAUAUGUUAGGCAUGCACAGAGAAGUUCGAGAUCAAGAGAAGCAUGCUCGUUUGAAAGCUGAUUUAAUGGAAAAUAUUUGGUAAAAGUUUGGUGAUGAAGAUGAAUAAGCUUUGUAUGUUUUUCAAUUUCUCAAUUUGUGUUAUCUACUCUUUUAAUGUAUUGAAUAAAUAGUUUUCAAAAAUUUAAUAAUAUUUUUAAUAUUUUAUUCAUGUAUUCUGAAUAUUUUGAAAAAAUUUUUAAAAAAUUAUUAUUUUAUUUUUAUGAACUCUUUCUACAAGUUCACCAAUGCAGAAAAAAACAAAUACAAAUUCAUAACUAUUCAUGAAUCCACUAAAAAAUAUUAAAAAAAUCAUGUAAACACCAAGAGGAGGUUCACCAAUGCUCAUGCUCUUAGCUUCCUAGGUUCAUCGAACCUUCACUCCAUCGCCCCCAAAAACAAAUCAUUUUCCCAUUUUUCGUGACAGACAAGUAAAUUAAUGAUUUAUUAGUAUCAGUGGGUAUGAAAAAAAAUCAAAUC